AAGACCAAAAACCUAAAACCCCCAAAAACAUAAUUUGAAAAAAUGUGUUAUCUGUUGAACCGCGGGAUUUUAAUUUUGUAGAUUUCGCAGUUUCAGCCACACACCAUUUUUGUUUCGUUCUUAGGUUUUCACUUUGCUUCUAUGCUCGAUUUCUUUUGCUUUUUGAAUUCUCAGAAGUCUUUGAAAAAGGUUUCGACUUUGUACGGUUAAAGCGGAAGAAGAAGUAGCUCAAGUAGAAGACUCAGUUGGAGUAAUGGGUUUGAAUCUGAAUCCAGUUUUGCGACAAGAGUUAGCUAAUCUUGACAAAGACACAGAGAGUCGUAAAUCAGCAAUGAAAGCACUUAAGUCUUAUGUGAAGGACUUGGAUUCAAAGGCUAUUCCUGGUUUCUUAGCACAAGUCUUUGAGACUAAAGAAACAAACUCUUUAUCUGGUGAAUACACGAUUUCGCUUUAUGAAAUACUUGCUCGUGUUCAUGGACCUAACAUUGUUCCCCAGAUUGAUACAAUCAUGUCUACCAUUGUCAAGACUUUGGCUUCAAGUGCUGGUUCUUUCCCUCUUCAACAAGCUUGUUCCAAAGUUAUUCCUGCGAUUGCUCGGUAUGGGAUUGAUCCGACGACUAAAGAAGAUAAGAAACAGCUUAUAAUCCACUCCUUAUGUAAGCCUCUUACAGAUUCUCUAUUAGGUUCUCAAGAGAGUCUCACUUCAGGGUCUGCUCUAUGUCUUAAGGCUCUUGUGGAUUGUGAUAACUGGCGUUUUGCUUCGGACGAGAUGGUGAAUAGGGUUUGUCAAAAUGUUGUAGUUGCAUUGGACUCAAACUCCAACCAAACACAUCUUCAGAUGGGUCUGGUUAUGUCACUUGCCAAACAUAACCCUUUGAUCGUUGAAGCUUAUGCAAGGUUGUUGAUACACACAGGAUUGCGAAUUCUGAGUUUCGGAGUAUCUGAAGGUAACUCGCAGAAACGGUUAUCAGCAGUUCAAAUGUUGAACUUCCUAAUGAAAUGCUUGGACCCGAGAAGCAUAUACUCUGAAGUUGAGUUGAUAAUCAAAGAAAUGGAGAGGUGCCAAUCUGAUCAAAUGGCUUAUGUUAGAGGAGCUGCUUAUGAAGCAAUGAUGACUUCAAAAAGAAUAGCAGGAGAGCUCGAGUCGAAGAUGGAGAAAGGUUGUCGUUCUGUUACUGGUUCGAAUUUCAGUCGAAGAAACUGUUCAUCCAAUGUUAAUGGUCAUUGUCCUGAUGACUCCUUAUCACCUGAAUCACAGACUGUAGGCUCUUUCAGCGGAUAUGAUUCUCCGGUUGAGUCCUCGCCUAUUUCUCAUACUUCUUGCAACUCUGAAUACGAUAGGCGGAGUGUGAAUCGCAAACAUUGGAGGCUUGAUCAGAAUGGAGGAGGUGUUGAUAUCUCUUUAAAGGAUGGUUUUUUCUCCGGUGUAACUAAAGGAAGCACCACUGUCUCUGAUUCACCUCUUGUACCGUAUGAUACUUGUGAAGAUGGAGAUGAAUUUGAAGGGUUUCUAAUGCAAAGUUUGAGAAACACCACUCCUAGUCCUCAGAGACAGCUUUCACGACGCAUCAAUGAUGAAGACUUCAACAUCUUCACUACUCCACGGAAGCUCAUAAGCUCUCUUCAAUAUUGUGAUGAUGUUGACUUUAAUCAUUCAGACAUCCAAAGUCCAAUAUUAGGAAACGGUAGAGACAAAACCAUUGAAUCUCGCAAGAAUCCUAAACUCAGAAGGAGAUUUCCAACCAUGUCGGAAACAAUGUCAUCAACAGUCACAUUUAGUGAAGACACACCACAAACUCAUAUGAUAACAGGUAGUAAGAAAAAUAUGAGCUAUGCCAAAUUUGUUAUCGCGAUAUCUUUUGUUGCUGUGGCUCUCUUUACAGCUGUGGUGUUUAUGGUGAAUCAAGAUGAUGGUGUUGGUUAUUACACUGUUCCUACAUGAUUUAACUCUUAUUGGUGGUCAGUUUAAUCUUAAUGUAGUUUAGCUAUCCACGUGUUGGUUGUUUGUAAUGAACUCUGUACAAGAAUUUGAAUCUUCUUCUACUUGUUCUCAUUUUGUUUUUGUAUGAAAAAUCUGUUAGAUUAAACAUGUUUGUAUAUUUGUGGCAAUGGUGAUAUAUGUGACAUCGGAUCGGCUAUUUCGAAUU